GACAUUAUAGCGUCACUGUGUCGCUUCCGUGCUUUGCCCUUGUGCAGAAACUUCGCGUGUUUUCUUGAGAAACGUGAUUAUAGUGUUUGUGUUGCGGUUGAAGCAGACGCGGUCCUGCUCCUCGACAUGUCUCUCGCUGCAGAGGCUUUCGUCUCUCAGAUCGCAGCCGCAGAACCAUGGCCGGAAAACGCCACACUCUAUCAGCCUUUGAGAGAGGAUCAAAUCCUUCUGUCUGAUUGUGCGUCAUCUUUGGCAGUUCAGGCGUAUCUCAGGAUGUUGGACCUGCCAGUGCGAGUACUUUGCCGUGCUAAUGCUGAGUACAUGUCACCCUCAGGGAAAGUGCCUUUCAUCCAUGUUGGUAAUCAGGUUGUUUCGGAGCUGGGGCCGAUCGUGCAGUUCACAAGAGCCAAGGGCCACUCUCUGAGCGACGGCCUGGAUGAUGUCCAGAGAGCAGAGAUGAAGGCUUACAUGGAGCUGGUCAACAACAUGCUGCUCACAGCGGAGUUGUAUAUUCAGUGGUGUGAUGAAAACACAGCUGCAGAGAUCACGAGGCCGCGCUACAGCAGUCCGUACUCGUGGCCUCUGAAUCUCAUUCUGGCCUAUCAGAAGCAGUGGGAGGUCCGGAGGAAGAUGAACGCGAUCGGCUGGGCAGGAAAGACUCUGGAGCAGGUGUAUGAGGAUGUCAGUCAGUGUUGCCAGGCUCUCUCACAGCGCCUCGGAACCCAGCCUUUCUUCUUCAACAAACAGCCGACCGAACUGGACGCGCUGGUGUUUGGUCACCUCUUCACGAUCCUGACCACACGCCUCACCACCGAUGAGCUCAGCGAGAAGAUCAAGUCCUACAGCAACCUGCUGUCCUUCUGCCGAAGAAUCGAACAGACUUAUUUUGAGUCGCAGGACAGAGACAGAGACAGCCAAUCAGGGGUCUUGGACUACUCAAAAGGUCCCUCCCUUAUGUGAGGCCCCACUGCCUUGCCUUCCUUUUUAACCACUGAUCUGAAGUCAUGUGAGAAAGUGAUGUAUGACUGAUCCUGAGGCAUCAUUAUGUUGUGAUGAAUGGAAUGACAGAUUAGUGGAAGGGAGGAGGAGGAGGAGGAGGAGGAGGUCAGAUCAGUCGGACACACCCGACGUUCCUCAGUGUUUAAAAGUACUCUAUCUAUCCGUUUGCCUGUGCGCUGCAUUAGCAUAUAGUAUAGAUUAAGAUUGAAAAUACUGCACCUAUUAAGGUACAGUGUUCUUUUUACAUACAAAUGCUAAACUCCUUCCCGGGUUUGUCUCUGAUCGUGUGUAUAUCUAAACCAUAUGUUUGUAAGCGCACUACUAUUCCUGUCUGAUUCAUUCUUUGAAGAGAUGUACAUACCUCAAAUUAAAGCUGACAUCCUGCA